AUAGUAUAACUAUUUUUUUUUAAUGUUUCAUUAAAAUUAUCUUACAUCAUCGUAUAUGUGCCUAAUGUAUGUAUAUGUUUUGUGUUUUAUCCUUCUAUCCUGCAGUAUAGUUGCCACUUCCGGUAAGUUUGUUUUGACAAUCAAGUAAUAUUUAUGACAGUGACAACCGAGUGCGGACAAACCAAAACAAGAUGGCUUCCAAAUGUGGGGCAGUCUCAACAACAAGCUACCAAAAACUAAGUACUAACAGCACUGAAAAUGGCAUAGCUAACGAUGUUAUUGUUGAAUGCGAUGAAAAUUUUCCAGAAGUAUUUUCAGAUGAGACUGAAGAUGUCAAAAGUAGUGAUUCUAGUCGAGAAAAUACAUUGGAAAAGACAGCCAGCAGAAAACGCAGUGUUUUAAAAAAGUCUGAUCAAAGGUCUAAGACUGGACUUCAAAAAAGAGUAUCUUUUUCAUCAGUUGCAUCAGAAAGACAAAGAAGAGUUUCCAAUGCAAGCGACUGUUUCAUAUACAUGCAAAAUGGAGCAGAAUUUCUUAAAGUUCGACCUGGUGGUAGGCAAUACCAAAGAUUUUAUCAGCUGAACCAAGACAUGGAUUUACUGCAUUGGAGACCUUCUUCAAAGAAACCUGAGAAAGCUAUAUUGCCUGUUGAGCUGUUUUACGAGAUUCGAGCCGGCAAAAACACGACAAUCUUCAAAGAGCAAGGCAGUUCUUUCUCUGAAGAUUGCUGUUUUUCAUUAAUUGUUGGACCCAACUAUGACUCUAUUGAUCUAGUAGCAAAGACAUCAGACGAGGCUAACAUUUGGAUCACUGGAUUAAGAUUGCUGAAUCAAAAAACAGAAUCAAUUUCGAUGGAUGAUGAAUCAGACAUGAGGGAAAAGUGGUUAAAACAACAAUUUCGACUGAUUGAUAAAGAAAGAAUCGGAGCUCUGAACGAAAAAAGUAUCUUGUUUUUAUUAAAGAAACUGCGAAUAAAUGCACCACAACACAUUGUGAAGUCUAAAUUUCUAGAAGUUGUAUCCAGAUCGCAAUGUGACAUUUUAAAUUCCAUAGAUGAAAAUGAUUUUUGUCAGUUUUUUAUCGAUUUGACAACACGCCAGGAAAUGUAUUUUUUAUUAGUAAAAUAUUCAAGCAAUGGCUUGUAUUUGACCACUGAUGAUCUCCUGAUAUUCUUAGAAACAGAACAAGGUAUCACAUGGGCGGGUAAAGAGCAUUCAUUAGAUAUAAUUAAUAGAUGUGAGCCAUCGGAAGAAGGCAGAAACAAACAAAUAUUAGGGCUUGACGGAUUGACAAAAUAUUUCUCUGAAAAGGAUUGUAAUAUAUUUGAUCCUGAUCAUUUGAAGGUCUGCGAAGAUAUGAAAAAGCCAUUGUCGCAUUAUUACAUUGCUUCCUCACAUAACACAUACUUGUUAGAUGACCAGCUUAAGGGAAGGUCAAGUGUACAGGGAUAUGUAUCAAGUUUGCAGAGAGGUUGUCGAUGUGUUGAAUUGGAUUGCUGGGAUGGACCAAACAACGAACCAAUAAUAUACCAUGGUCACACUCUUACAACUAAAAUUUUAUUUUCUGAUGUGUUAAAAGCUAUUAAUGAUUAUGCCUUUAUUUCUUCUGACUAUCCUCUCAUAUUAUCUUUGGAAAAUCAUUGUUCUAUCAAACAGCAAGAAGUGAUGGCCAUGUAUUUAAAACAAAUUUUUAAAGAUUCUUUGUAUAAAACACCAGUAAAUGAAAGUAUUUCAUAUCUCCCUUCUCCUGAAUCCCUCAAGGGAAAAAUUAUAGUCAAGAAUAAAAAGUUACCUCGAAGCAGUUCCAGUUCUGUGUCAGAGGUUGGUGACGUCAGUGAGGAAGAGGAAGAAGAUCAGUCCAUUAUUAUAAAAAAUCUCGAAAACGAAAAACGAAACGAGGGUACUGAUAAUAUUGCAUUUCAAAAGCAGUUAAUACAACAGCAACCACAAAAGAGUUUAAGAAAAGCAUCCGCUUCAGAGGCGCAAGUUACAAGCAGUAAGAUGAUGAAACUCGCUCCAGAUCUGUCGGAAUUAGUUAAUUUAUGUAAAUCCGUACGUUUUCAAAGUUUUCAACAAUCGUUCGACCGACAGAAAUAUUGGGAGAUCUGUUCAAUUGGUGAAACAAGCGGCAGACGGUUGUGUCAGACAUGCCCUGAAGAAUUCGUUAGUUACAAUAAAAAGUUUCUUAGCCGUGUUUACCCUGCAGCGAAACGCAUGGACUCUAGUAAUUAUAACCCUGUGGAAUUUUGGAACUGCGGAUGUCAGCUAGUGGCUUUAAAUUACCAGUAUCCGGGUUUAGCAAUGGAUUUAAACAGAGGGAGAUUUUUGAAAAAUGGUCAAUGUGGGUACACCUUAAAGCCUUCGGUAAUGAGGGAAGAAGUGGCGUAUUUUAGUCCAACGAUGAAAAAUGAAAUUCCUGGUAUUUGUCCUCUCACGCUACAAAUAAAAGUUAUAAGUGGCUUCCAAUUACCUAAACCACGUGGCUCGACGUCAAAAGGAGACGCACUAGAUCCAUACGUGAUGGUAGAACUGUAUGGCAUAGCUGCUGACUGCCACUACGAACGAACUCGGACCAUCCCGCACAAUGGUUACAACCCUGUGUUCGACGAAACAUUCGAAUUUCGAAUAAUUUUACCUGAAAUAGCUCUCUUACGAUUUGUGGUUUUGGACGAUGACCACAUUGGAGAUUGCUUUAUAGGACAGUUCACGAUACCUGUGGACUGUAUACGACAAGGUUAUCGCACUGUAUACUUGCUAUCAAACAUGGGAGAGAACAUUGCUCCCGCUUCUUUAUUUGUACAUAUCUCAUUUUUGCCACAGUCUGAAAUGACUCUAAAGAAUAAAGGUUUUUCUAUACCAAAAUCAUUGAAGAAAAAAGACUAUACAAGUUUAAAGAGUCUGGGUAUGAAGGUUAUCGAUGACACUUUCAAGCUUUCUAUCCAUCCGUUACGAGAAGCCACCAACUUACGUGAUAACUUUCAAAUAAGUUUAAACACGUUUAAGGACUGCUGUGGGUUAACACCGCGCGCAAACAUCAAACAGUGUAUUCGUAUUCUGGCGAGCCGCCUUGAUCAUGCUGCGGAAACAUCUGCCGUAAAAGUAGCGUUAAAAUUUUCUACUGAGAUACCGACCUUAGAAAAACUAGGUGAUCCUGGUCACGUGUUAUCCAAAGCUCUCGAUGCUUUUGAAGAUUUUUUAAAUGAAAGUAAAACCUUACUGGAGCAUGCUGGUGAUGUCUACGAGCGAUUAUCUCACGCUAGAAGAUCAGCACUGGAGUGGCAUAGUGACUUGCGGAAGAAAUGUGCGCAAGAAGGUUUCAAAGAAAAGAGAACACACAAGGUUAUAGAGAAUUUUUCUUGGAACAUUAAAGUAUUAUCUGGGCAAGCAGAUUUACUAAAGACUGCAAAGCAGCACUGUGAAGACUAUAUGAGACAGAUAAGAGACGUUUCACGUACAUGCAGCUUAGGAGACGAAAAUGAGUCCAAUACAGCCAUGUAGCCGAUUUUAAUUGUCUCAUCCGUGUCAAGGGAUGUGUUUUAAUUAACCCAGUAUCGCUGGUGCAUGCGAGAAAUGCCUGAUGAAGAAAAUCAACUGGCGCUAAGCUGUCAUGUGAUAGGCUGAUGAAUUCUGUUAUCGUGCGUGGACGAGUACCUUUAUUGAGUAAGUUCAAGAUAAUGUCUAAUGUCAACUUUAAAUUGAUGUCACUGGUGCCAGAUACAUUGAUAAACUUAAAUGCUUCUCGAUAAGUAUCUUUCAGGAAAGAAUGAAAGCUCCGGUGUCGUUUGCACUAUUUUGUGUUGUGCAAUUGUCGUUCUGUUUUUAUUCCGGUGUGUGUGUUUUUAUUCCGGUGUGUGUGUAUAUGUAAAAAUUGUUUUAUUCUUUCCGAUCGAAUUUUAUACAACCUGUUUUUCUGUUUAUUUGUUUGUUUAUUUGUUUGUUUGUUUUUUACUUGAUUCUUUCACCCUACGCAUGUUUUUAAACCAUUUUAGCAUAGAUUUUUUUUAUUGUUAAGAAUUGUGAAAAAGAUAUUAUUUUACUUAUUUUCGUAUUUUAAAUUAUAUGUUGUGUUGGUUGUGCCACCGAAACGAAGACGGGUGAUGUUUGAACAUGAUGUUAUUGAGGGAACGAUAGUCCAUGGUGUGCUUCUGUCACAGUAUUACUCUUAUUGAAAAUUUGUCAGAGGUUCAUGUUCACCUCUGACAAAUUUUCAAUGAGAGUAAAAUGUGACGGUACAGAUAGGGUGCUAGACAAAUAAACAAUGGAAGAGGUUUUGAAAUAAGGCAGUAAUUAAUCGUGGAUUUCAGAGGUAAAAAUAGGUAGGAUUGUAAUGGGAGAAAUCAUACUCUUUAAAAGAAGAAUGCUGGUAGCCUCCCUUCUUAUUGUUUUUUUUUUGUUUUUUUUUUGUUUUGUUUGUAAUUUUUUGUUUCUUUGUGUUGUUGCUUUUUCAUUUAAUUUAUUUUUAAUUUGGUUCUGUACUACGGAUUUCCAUUGCAAACUUCGGAAACUUUUUUGUUCUUUGAAAUAAUUUGUUUUAUUUGAACACUAAUAGGUUUUCGUGUAACCUACCUGUUUCAAAUGUUUUUAGUUUAAACAGAGAUUCGAGGUGGUUGUUUUCCUUUUCAGAACAGUUGCACUUUUCACUUACCCCUCGUUAAUUUACCCGCCAGUUAUUUGCAAACGCCCUUGAUUCCGGCCAGUCAUCUGUUUUGAAAUACAGUUUGUGUCGAAUUUUCUAUUGAAUAGGUUUGUUAAACUUUUUUCUGUCCUGCAUCUUUUGACAAUUUAAGUCUGCGUUCAUAGUAUGACAACCUGGAACUCAAACCCUUCUUGUACAGUAGUAAUAAGAGGCUAAGCUCUAGGUUGUAUAGAUGUUUAUUGUUGUCUUUCCUUUAUUAAUAAUGAAGUUAUUGGAUUGAUAAUUUCAAAAUGGGUUAAUAAUUACAUACACGUCAUCUCAUGUAUUUAUGUAAAUAUGUCGUUCAUUUUUAUACAAUAAUCUACAGCAACUAA